GGAGCGGCGCAUCGUCGAGCUGCCAGCUAGUCAGCAGCACAGGCUGCAGCAGCAGUAGUCAGGGACGUCGAGCGAGCGAGCCUGCGACUGGCCAGCUUUUCCCUUCGAGCUUGCGAUACUCGCGCGUCAGCUCCCAACUAAGCAAUAAGUCGUAUUUGCUCGAGCCCAUGUGCACGCGAUCGGGCUGCUGCUGCCUGCGAUCGUUUCCAAAACGGCCCCUACGACGCCACGCAGCAGCGUCAACACGGAGUGUUGUUAUUUUUUCAUCUGGCCGUAGCUCGAAGCAUCGGAGUUUAACAGCACGUGCACCUCGACGUCGUAUUUACUCGGACGGGCUCGGAGCAGUGCAGUAAUUCGGAGCGAGGAACAAUAACAAGGGCAGAUUUGGCGUGUCAACGAGGGCUUUUAUCGCUCCUAAUUGCUUCUCUGCUUGUUUUCUUUUUUCUGUUUGAUUUAUCCUCGGCCCGAGCGAAAGCUCCGACGCGGGACAUAAUCCCAGGCCGUAAUUGCACGCGCGAGUGUGUGCGUGUGUGUGUGUGCGCGAGUGUGCCAGUGCAAAGUGUGUCCAGGGAAGUUGCGCUGCUCGCAGGACGAUGCAGCAGCCCACAGCCACAGGUGGCCCGAUUAGUUUUCGAGGAUCUCGCGACGGUUAGGCCCCGCUGACUGCUGUAUCGCGACUCGAUUUUCCAUACGCCUCAUUUUUCUCAAGGACUGCGUCUGUUCGCGGCAAGGCGCAGCACACUUGGGGCUUGUGUACGCACCUAUACACACUCGCACGAAGAUCGCACCAACACAGAGCGCCGCGUAUUUACAGACACUUGCUGCUGCUGCUCCUACUCGCUGCUCGCCAGAGGCUGUUGUUGAGCACGCGCUUGUGUCUCGUGCGAUCCAACAUGACGAGCGAAAUGACAGUCGACCAUCAACAAGCACGCUCGGAGCAAUAAAGAAGCAAAAGUUUGAAAGAAAUACAAGCGAAUAGAAGGAAAAAAGGCCACAGAUAAGCUCGAAAGGAGAGAAAAGCCGGAUCAAAAUGAGCGUCAGAAUGAAGUUGUCGUUUGUAUCGCCCCCGGCCGAGGAUCACAAUAAGGCUUUUCUCAGCAAAGAUUCGACCGACUCGUUGGAAGAGCGCAAAGUCGCCUUCAAGCAGGACAACGAGCUUAUGAACGAGACCAAUAAAUUCGUCAACGAACUGAUCGAGCAGGCACAGAUCGAGGCUGCCAAACGCGCCGAGCAGACGUCAAAAGCCAACGGAGAUGGUUUCAAGCGACGUAGCAGCCAGACGAUAGCGGGCUGGAACAAUCGAGCCCGUGGCUUUUGCAAUCGCGUCUGGAACGCGGUGGUGCCUUGCUUCAACAACAAUGAGUUGCUUGCCUGGACGCAACCGUUGCGCUAUCGCUUCACGAGGCCCUAGCAGGUCCCUCGUGUCCCGGACGAGCCAGUCGUCGAUCAGACUAAUACGGGACAGUACGAUAAUAGGUACCCAUAGGCCAACGACUACCUAAUGACACACCUACGACACCGUCUUUUCUUUUCUUCUUUGAAAUAAAAAGUAAAAAAUAAAAUAUAUAUGCAUACAAAUAUGUGGAUAUAUCGACCAAUUCUUAUAUUUUUCGAGAGAAAAGUACAAAUGACGACUUUUUUGGAACACGUACAAAAGCUGAGCUUUUUUCUCUCACUCUCGUAACGAAAUUGCCGUGUACUUACAUGUAAUGUCAACCUACUUACCGACGAAUACUUCGACUAGUGACCACAGUAGAUUUUGUUAGUCAGAUACUGUAUCGAUAAAUAAACUUAAUGAGAAAAGAAUUCAGUAUUACGCUCACAUCUUUUGUAAGUAUAUAUCUCUUUGACUCCGUUUUUUUCCUCCAAUUCUAAAAAGCGAGAUGAAACAAAAAAAACAAAUCUCGAGAGCCCGUAUUAACGUACCAGCAUGUAGCAAAUAAACUGUGAAUUAUAAAAGAUAAUAAAGAUAGGUAAGAUUAAAAUAAAUAAAUAAAUAAAGGCGCUCGAGCAACUGUACGGUUGCAAGCUAGUGACCCGAUUCUAAAAAAAAGGAUGAAAAAUACAAGCAUUUCAGCUGCGAUGCACACAAAUACAAUGUAGGUACGAGUAAUAAUAAAUGUGGGGUGUUUAGUGGCUGUUUGAACAUACUCAUUGCGAUUAUAAAUACACACAUGCGAGAGUGAGCUAGGGUCUGGCCGGGAAUGAAAGUAAUAAAAAAAUAAUGUAUUAUUUGAUAACGACGAUAUGUGUCCACAAAAAGUGGAUUAUAAUGAAUCUUGCUCUUGCAUAUUCUUGACAUAGCAUCCUAUAUAUUGUAUGAAUAAUAAGCAGAACGAGCAGAGUAUAUAGAUAUACACACGUAGUCAUAAAGAGUAUGUGCGUCUCUACGCCGUGUGAGUGAGUCCAUGUGUACGUGUGCAGCGCACGAGUGUCUCGGAAUAUCGAUUAUUUCCCGCACGAGAGCGAGAGAGCCAGAAAAAGUAUACGUGUGUAUGUAUGCGUGUGUCUGUGUGUGUGUGUGUGUGUGUGUGUGUAUGUAUAUACAAGGGGCCAUACACCUCCUUCGUGCACACAGAUAUAUAUCUAAUACAUUGCGCGCCUACCGCGAUGUGUAUAUAUGCUUAUUGCUGAAAACUGCUGUGUAAUCAAAAACGAACACGAAGAGACCUCAAUAUGCAUACAUGGUACAAAAUAUGCAUUUGGUGUUGUGCAUUCUCGCUCAGCUGACCGACUAACAGUUUUAGCGUCGUUCUUUUUUUGUCGUCUUUAUUCGCCAUUUGUUUCCACUUGCCAUAAAUCAACGAUUCAACGCAUGAAAAACUGCAAUAGAAAAG